AUGCCGGGCCUCAAAGUCUCAAAACAACCACAGACAUUAAAUAUCGUCGAUGCCAGUGUCAAAGAGCUUCUUCAUGCCCUCGACAUUCGAGCCAUCACAAGUGUCCAGCUCGUAUCCUGCUAUCUGAAUCGAAUUGGAUACUACGAUUGCCGCGGACCUUCCUUGAACUCUGUAUGUGUGCUCAAUCUCAAUGCAUUUGAAGAGGCACAACAAUCAGAUGAUUACCGGGCAAGUGGCCGGCCGCCACGGCCCCUCGAAGGAAUCCCCUUCACAGUCAAAGACAGUUUCAUGGUCAAAGAUAUGACAGUUGCAGCUGGAUCGCCCGCCUUCGCCGAUCUACUAUCUUCAGAAGAUGCAGCCAUCGUCGCACUUCUGCGAAAAGCGGGAGCUGUGAUCCUUGGCAAAACAAAUAUGCCAGCGAUGGCAGAUGGCGGAUCACAGCGUGGACUGUAUGGAAGGGCGGAAAGCCCUUAUAACCCGCAAUACUCCACUACUGCGUAUGCCUCUGGUUCCUCUAAUGGCUGCGGGACCUCCACUGCAGCCAGCUUUGCGGCAUUUGGCUUUGCCGGGGAAACGGUUUCUUCUGGUCGCUCGCCAGCCUCGAAUAAUGCUCUGAUUGGAUACUCUCCUUCCAGGGGUGUUAUACCGAACAGAGGUCAAUGGCCGCUAUAUCCGACGUGCGAUGUCAUUGUUCCUCAUACGCGGACGAUGGAAGAUUUGUUUGCCGUGCUUAAUGUCAUUGUGGCCGAUGACACGGAAGCUGCUAGAGGAAUCGACUUUUGGCGAAACCAGACAUUCGUUCCGAUUCCCAUGUCCUCGGAGGUUCGUCCGAAAAGCUAUCGCAAUCUUGCGGACUCAGAUGCCCUCAUGGGGAAACGUGUUGCUGUCCCCAGAUGCUUCAUCGGUGCACCGUCCGCAAAGCCAUUCCAUGUGUGUAUCGAACCAGUACAGAAGCUGUGGGAGAAGGCCAGAGCUACCCUGGAAUCUCUGGGAGCAACCGUCAUUGAAACUGAUUUUCCGUUGCUUGAGGGGUAUACAAAGCAGAACUUUCCAGGUCAAAGUUGCAAUGUACCCGGCAUAUCCAAUGAGUGGACCAGCAUUGAGCGCUGCCAGAUGAUUGCCACUGCAUGGGACGAUUUCCUGCAAGUGAACGGCGAUCCAAACUGUCCGAAUCUGCUUUCCUCUGACCCACACAAUAUUCACCCUCGGAUUGCGCCGAUGGAUGAUCCAUCAAAACACACCGAGGCUCAGAAUCAAGUUCGCUACCCUGAGAUGUUCAACUCUAUCAAGGACAGGCAACACACUCUCUACAACCUUCCUGGCGUUGAAAAGGCAGCAAAUGCACUAGAAGAUAUGCGCAAGAAGGAGUUCGAGGAAUGGAUGGAUUCUAAUGGAUUCGAUCUCCUCGCAUUCCCCACGAAUGGCGACAUUGCUUUCGCCGACGCCGACGAGAGUCUUGAGUCGAUGCUUCACGCUCUCCAGGAUGGAGUCAAAUACGCCAAUGGUGGCCGAUUCUUGAAGCACUGCGGUGUUCCUUGCAUCACUCUUCCAAUGGGCACGUUGGAGAAACAGCAAAUGCCUGUAGGCUUGACUUUUGCAUGCAAAGCCUAUGCGGAUAACGACAUGCUGCGAUACGCGUUCGCGUACGAGGCAGCUUCUCAGGCUCGAACCAUUCCCGGAUUAACGCCGUCGAUUCCAUCGGAUCAUAUAUCGCUGGUCUGUUCGGGUACAAGAGGUUCACUUGUUGCCAAGCCCUUGCUCGACAUUUCUUCUGCGAAAUGGGUCUCGUCUGAGACUUCUGGGAAAGAGAUUCGUCGUCAAAUCUCUGUGGCAGGAACUGCACGAUCAUCCGACCCUGAAAUUGGUGUUGAUUCUGUUCAGGUCUUUGUUAAUGGUAGCAAAGUGUCGGAUAUUUCUCUGAAAGGCGAGCAGUGGAAGUGGGAGACUUGUCUUUCUCGGCCCGAGGUCGUUGAUCGCUAUCCAACAAUGGCCAAGGUCCCUAAAGAUCAUCACCUUGUGGUGAUCAUCGCUUAUUUGGAAAAUGGAAGAGGUGCGGCAUCAAUGUUGUUGGUAGACUAG